AUGCCUUCGGAACACGGUCACAGACGUGAGGGACGUCACCUGAGCUACCAGCGCUCCAAGCGCCAGGUCAACCCCAACACCAGUCUGAUCAAGAUCGACGGUGUUGACAACACCGAGGCUGCCAACUUCUACCUCGGCAAGAAGGUCGCUUUCGUCUACCGGGCCAAGCGCGAGGUUCGGGGUUCCAACAUCCGGGUGAUCUGGGGCAAGGUUACUCGUCCUCACGGCAACUCCGGCGUUGUCCGUGCUCAGUUCCGCCACAACCUCCCCCCUAAGUCCUUCGGCGCUACUGUCCGCGUCAUGCUCUACCCCUCCAACAUCUAA